CCUGACUUUCAUGGUGUAUAUUUGCUGUGCAGUAUUGAAAACAACAAAAGUGUCCGUGGUACAUAUAUUGGCUAUACAGUUCUGCCUGGCAGAAGAAUUCUCCAACACAACAGAUUUAAAAAAGGUGGUGCUCACAAAACUGCUAAAUAUGCCCCAUGGGAUAUGAUCCUUUGCAUCCACAACUUUCCGAAUAGAAUUGCUGGUUUACGAUUUGAAUGGGCAUGGCAAAAUCCCAAGAUAUCAGUGAGAUUGAAAAUGUAUGACUGGCAAAAGAAAAAAACAGAAAACGGUGUUCAGUUUCAGAUCCGUGUCCUAGAGCGUAUGUUAAAUGUUCCUCCAUGGAACAAGCUGCCAUUAACAAUACAAUGGCUCAGAAGCGAAUAUAAAAUUCCCCUUGUUCCUCCUUUGCAUAUGCCUAUUGCAUUGGGACCGAUUGAGGAGCCAUCAGAAAUAGGAGAUACUGUUACAAGUAGAGAAACCAAUUGUACGUUGUGUCAUACCACAGUUUCUGAAGAUAAUAACAUAUACUGUGUCCAUAAUCAGUGUACUUUCCAUCUUAUAUGUUUAGCUGAUAAAUGGGUCUCCAAAACUGACAUUUUACCAGUGUCUGGCACAUGCCCAAAGUGCGGCACCCCUCAGUUGUGGGGAGAAAUGGUGCGGUUUAGGAACAGAUUAAGUAAGUCAAAAUCAGAUAUUCCGAGCCAACACUGGUCUGACCAACUUUCACAGAAAUGAUUUUUAUUAUUAAUUGAUGAAUAACCAUGAGAGAAACCUAUUCAGUAAGUGCAGAAACUUAUCACAUUUUUGAUCUUUAGUGUAACUUUGAAAGUAUUACAGAACAGAAUAAAAUGAACAAUAUUACA